CAGAGGCUCCUGAGGUUUUCCUGGCUGACUCCAAGGAGUGGCAGACAAUCAGUGCAUUGUCACCAGGGCUGCAUCAUGGAGCAGGGGAGCUGCUGUGCAGAGGAUCCUAGGCCUGGGCCUAUCAGGGUGAAGACCAGACCCUGCCAUGGGGGCUGGAGAGCCCUGGGCCUGCUGCUGCUGUUGCUGGCAUUGGCCACUGCUGGGGCUGUCACUGGAGGGCUUUUUGGCUUUGCUCACAGCCCUCCCAAGCCACUGCUACAGAUGCUCCGUCUGACCCGCCCGAGCCCCAGGGUGUACCAGUUCAACCAAACUGCCCAGGUGGACGUGGCCGGGAAUGUGGCAACCAUCAGGGUGACCCCGACUCAGAGUAACCACAGCUGGGCGGUGCUGUUCGAUGGGCAGAGCGACUGUGUCUGUUACCGACCUGCAGAGCACCGGGCCUGCUUCCUCCACCCAAUGGAGCCCAGAGAUCGCAAGACCCUGCAGCUGCUGGUGAACACCUCAAAGACCCAGGGGUCUAACAGCCCCAGCCAGGAGACCCACUACGCUCAGGAGCUGCUGGCCGUGCUUGGGAGCCGUGAGGUGGACCCUGCCCAAGUGGGGGCUUCAGUGCGGCACUUUUGCUCAAAGAUCCCCAUUUACUGGGCCCGUCGAGCAGAGGGUGAGUCGGGGCAGCUAUGGGGAGAGGCCUGGGCUCCCAUGGACAUUCUGGGAGAGGGAGAGGAACUCUUUUGGGGUUCAUUAAGGCCCUUCCCCACAGGGCCCCGGAGGCAGCGGCUGAUCUAUCUAUGCAUCGACAUCUGCUUCCCAAGCAACAUCUGUGUGUCAGUCUGCUUUUAUUACCUCCCAGACUGAACUCCCAGCCCACCAACCAGCCAGCUGGACGGCCCUAUCAUCAGUGCCAUGGAAGGCGGCCACCAGCAGGGGCUAAUAAACCCCUCCACCUGGCC